AAAGAAACAGUGCUAAAUAUCAGUCCAUCAUGUCAUCCCAGGACAAUGUUACCAUACGCAUCAUGACCAAGGACGAUUAUCCAAGAGUGAAAGCAUUCAUGACGGAUGACUUUUUUACCUCAGAGCCUCUGUGCCAAUCCAGUGGGGAGGCGAUGCACCUGCAGAACGAGAAGGAGAACGACGAGUAUCACCUUUCAAUGAUCGCCCAAGGCACCUGCUUGGUGGCCCUUGACGAGGACAACGGUGGUCGAUUGGUAGGCUUAGUUCUCGCUGGAGCCCAGUUCCCUGAAGAUAUUGAGAAGCAUCGUCAGGAGGCGGAGGUUAUGGAAAAAAAUACCUGGGGCCGCAUUUGUCUUAUGCUCUCCAAGAUCGAGCGCGAAGCUGAUCUUUUCAAGCGCUACGGCAUCUCCAAGCUCCUCUACUCUCACAUUACCAGUGUGGAUGCUUCGAUGAGAGGAAGAGGCUUGGGCUCCCGGCUUGCCAGCCGGCUGAUGGACGUGGGCCGCUCCAAAGGAUUUCCUGUUAUGGUGGCCUACUGCACGAGCUUCUAUUCCGCCCGCCAGAAAGAGUCCCUGGGAAUGGAGUGUGUCCACUCUCUGGUCUACGCCGACUACAAGGACGAUAGUGGACGUCCGAUUUUUACGCCGGCAGCUCCGCACACAAAGGCUCGAGUCAUGGCCAUUAAAUUGUGAGCUGGGAUAUCUCAUGGGAAACUAGAUCCCAAUCUGAGUAGUGUAACUAGUUCAAUAUAAGCCAUUCGAGGAGGAUAAUACAAAUUUUUUUAUUCGAUAUUUUGGAGGUGAGCUUUUAAAGUUCUGACGAGGCCAAAAACGUAACUGUAUAAAUAAUUAAAAUUUUAGAUUUCUUGCCAUUGUUUUGGAAAAGAAAAAUAAAUAUUGUGUUAGUUUCUAUCAGUAAGUUAGUUUUAUCUCUUUAUUGCCAUUUUUAUUGUAACUCUUGACCAAUGGUUAUACAAUUAUCAGCAGGUAGUAAUAAAAAUCUACAAAAACAGAUAAGAUAAUUUGAAAAUACUUGUAUUACAAUGCAUUUUAUUGCAGUGCCGUCAAAAUUUGUAAAUAAUAACAAGCAUGAAAGCCAUAGUCAAGUGUUUAUAUUUCUAUUAUAUUUAGUUUUAAAACCAUCGUCUCCUUUUCGGUCAUUGCAAUUAGCCGAUUUUGCUCUCAUAUUCGGAAAAUAAACCUUUGAAAUGGGUAAUAAAUGGCCUCAACAAACAAUCUAGUUAGGCAAUUUCUCUGUUUCA